UUUCCUCCUCAUCAUCAGGUCUUCAGGCGUCAUCAGAACCUUUUGACUAAAACUUGAAGCUGUUUGAACCAAAACAAUGAGCUGAUUGUGUAAACAGUGUUUGGACCCUUAAAGAGUCCUCCUCCUCCUCUUCCUCAGAAGGAGCUAAAUCAGAACAUCUGGUUUGGGUCUCAGCAGCUGGGAAACUCCAGAACUCCUGUGUUCCCGGAACGAGCAGCAGCAGAGUUGGCUAAACCUGGACCAAAGCUCGGAUCCAGAUCUGCCUGCAGCGCAGAGACCAGCUCCUCUUCUGCUCUCAUCAAACUGGAACAUCCCUGAAGACGUUUGUUGAGAGGUGUUGUCAGAGGAGGACCACAGUUCCUGUCAUGGCUCCUUCCAGCAGCUCCUUCCUGCUGCUGCUGCUCCUCUGCUGCAUCUCAGCCAGUCUGGCCUGUUUCUGUGACCGCUACCCCUGGAGCUCCUGGUCCGUCUGCAGCAGAACCUGCAACCACGGSACUCAGAGCAGGAGCAGGAGCGUUCGAUACGAGGAUUAUUACUGGCAGAACAGCUGUCAGCAGCUGUGUGAUUUUUAUGGCACCAGAGGUUGUAACCAGCAGGCGUGUCCCAUCAACUGCCUGCUGUCGGAGUUCAGCUCGUGGUCCGACUGCUCGCCCUGCGCCAAAAAACAGUUUCGGACCCGGUCCGUCCUGAUCCCGUCCCAGUUUGGUGGCUCGACCUGCAGUGAGGAGCUAACGGAGGAGAGGCCCUGCUACCCGUCCAAGCAGUGCCAGUUGCCCGCCGUGGACUGUGGUGAUGACUUCAAGUGUGAGAACGGGCGCUGCAUCAACUCAACGCUAACAUGCAAUAAUCAGAACGACUGUGGCGACAAUUCCGAUGAGAAGGACUGUGGAGAUCCAAAAAUCGUAUGUCCCGCCGAGAAGAGACCGGCCCCAGGGUCCGACCUGGUGGGAAACGGGUUUGAUGCUCUGGCAGAGGAGCCGAGGGGAGCGGUGCUGGACAACAUGUUCAUGGGAGGAACCUGCACCAUCAGGAGGCCAGAGAGCACCUUACUGUACCAUCGAGUUCCUCACAACUUCAAGACCUUCGACAUCAAGGUCGGAGUGUUGGACGACUUCAGCACGGAGCUGCAGCCGCUGAGCACCGAGUCCGUCAGCGCCAAGACGUCCUCGUCAUCGAGUUCAAGCCACAAAACCCCAGGAGACUUCCUGUUUGUCAUCUUUGCAUUAGUCAGCUCACAAAGAUCAGGUUUCACCUCCAACUCAGCUGCGUUUGAAGCUUCGAAGAAAAAGGACUCCAAGUUCUUCCGGGUGCAUCAGGUUCUUCCGGUGUCCAAGUUUACGGUGAAAGAUCCUCAGGACCUGGUCCUGUCGCUGCCGUUCCUCCAGUUCCUCCACGCUCUGCCGCUCGAUUACAACUACGCCCUCUACAGAGAGAUCUUCCAGCGCUUCGGCACGCACUACUACAGUUCAGGGAAACUGGGAGGCCACUACGACCUGCUGUACCAGUACAGCCGAGAGGAGCUCACCACGUCAGGUCAAACAGAGGAACAGUUCAAAGGCUGUCUGAGCAAAGAGUUUGGCUUCACCGUCAUCCUCUACACUCAGUACAGCAGCACCACCCGCUGCCAUGACAACAGGAUGACUGAGAAAUACAGUGGUUCGUACGUCCAGUCAGCAGAGAAAUCUUUCUCCAUGGUGAAAGGAGGCAGAACCAGAGAGGCCGCAGCUUUGGCCUGGGAGAGACAGGGUCCUGCUCCGGACCGGACCUCCUACAAGAACUGGGCCAAGACCGUGCUCGAAAACCCCGCCGUGGUGGACUACCAGAUGCUUCCCAUCGUCGAUCUGGUCCGGGGAAUUCCCUGUGCCGUGACGAAGAGGAGGCACCUGAGGAAGGCCCUGCUGCAGUACCUGGAGGAGUUCGACACCUGUAAGUGUUCGCCGUGUCCCAACAACGCCAGGCCCGUUCUGUCCGGGACCGAGUGCAAGUGCGUCUGCCAGACCGGAACCUUCGGUACCAACUGUGAGAAACGGGCUCCGGACUACACCUCAGAGGCGGUGGAUGGUUACUGGAGCUGCUGGAGCCCAUGGAGUAGCUGCGGCGGCACCAUGAGGAGGCACCGGACCAGGAAGUGCRAUAACCCCGCCCCCCUCAGUGGAGGACAGCCCUGCGAGGGUCCGAGCCGACAGGAGGAGCCGUGUCACAUCUCUCUUUUUGAAAAGCAGGAGUCCUGCGACAACGACAACGACUUCACGGUGGGCUGGAAGGACGAGCUGCCGCCGGGGGUCCAGGGCUGCCUGAGGCCAAAGAGGCCAGCCAACAGCUUCCUCAGAAAAGCCAAACAGUACUACAGCUUCGGUGAGGAUGAGGAGUUCCAGUGCUUCACUGGAUUUGAACUGGAYGGUUUUCAGUUCAUCAGCUGCCUUCCUGAUGGGACCUGGAGACCACCGAGUGGACGCUGUGUCAGAAGGCUUUGCGUCCCUCCGGAAAUCCCAGACGACAUGACGCUGUUUCCCGCCAAAGAUGUGUACAGAGUGGGCGAAUGGUUCGGUCUGAACUGCAACGAGCCGGGCCUGCUGCCGAUGCCACGAGGCACGUACAGGUGCAACAGCAAACUCACCUGGGAGCCUCCGGUACCUGCUGACCUGCGCUGCACCAACGAAGAUCCAUUUGUUCCUGACGGUCAGUGCGGUCUGGGACAGACGCUGCAGGGCUCUCGAUGUGUCUGCGUCCAGCGAGAAAGCUGCCUCUCCCAUCCGGAGAGUCUGUGCGUGCUGAACGUGAACAUCGACGUGGCCGUGUCCACGUCCCUCUGCUCCUUCCACGCGGCCCGGUGCCACGGCGACCCGCUCCUCUUCAUCCACCAGGGACCGUGCGACCCGGCGGACUCGUCCAAACUGGAGUGGGCCCGGUUCCGAGCCAAGAUGUCGCCCAAGAGCUCCGAGCAGAAGCCGUGCGAUCUGGACACGUGUUACGAAUGGGAGACCUGCUCAGCGUCUAAGACCUGCCAGUGCAAAUCUAUUCCCGAGUGCCCCAGAACCGGAGCCCACAUGUUCUGCGUGAAGCUGUCGGCCCAGAGGACCCGCAGCAUGACCCUGUGCGCCACGGCCGCCCUGCGGUGCGGGAACCAUCAGUUUGAGAUCCUGAAGGAGGGCGUUUGUGAGAGCAGAUGAUCCUGAAGCUUCACCUCCAAAAAACAGCUUUAAAGAGUUAAGAAAAUGUUAAAAAUGUUUAUUUUUAUUCAUCUACAGUGCAGUGAAAACACCAACAAGAUAUUUUAUAUGAAAACACAAAUCAGAUUAAAAAAAGAAGAAAAAAUCUGUCAGUUUUUGUCAAAUAAUAAAAAAACCUUAGAAGUUUUUGUACUAAUCGCUUCAUAAAAUCAAAUAAAAACUUUAAACGUA